CUCGCUCGCCCAUAUAAAAGGCGCGGGCGUCCAGCCGCCACCGCUCUCUACCCAAGCAGCCCCCCUCUCGCGAGGCCAAUCAUUCUCUCCCUUCCCCUCCGCCUCGCGCCGCCUCUCCUCUCCUCGCCCCCCUCACCGGAGCCGAAGCUUCCCCGCCGCCGCGCGGCAGGGAAUAUGGCGGGGAAGUCGAAGGGCGCGAGGAACAAGGCGAAGGCGCAGGGUGGAAGCCAGGCCGCCGUCGCGGCGGAGCCGGAGGUGCCGGUGACCGAUGGAGUCGAGGAUGCCAAGCCCGAGAUCGAGGAAGUUAGUGAACCUGCCGUCGUAGAGGGCAGUGACACUGGCGCUGAGAAGGAGCAGGGCGAUGCAGCUGGGGAAACACAAGCCGCGAAGAAGCCAGCUGAAGGGGAGGUUCAUCUCUACCCUGUUUCUGUUAAGACACAGUCUGGUGAAAAGCUUGAGUUGCAGCUAAGCCCUGGAGACUCCGUCAUUGAUGUCAAACAAUUUCUCUUGGACGCUCCUGAAACGUGCUUCUACACAUGCUAUGAUUUGUUAUUGCACACUAAAGAUGGCUCAACUCAUGAGCUUGAGGACUAUAAUGAAAUUGCUGAGAUUGCUGAUAUAACUGCUGGUGGCUGUUCAUUGGAGAUUGUUGCUGCGAUAUAUGAUGAGAGAUCUAUUAGGUCACAUCUCCGUCGUGUCAGGGAAUUGCUAUCCCUCUCUAGUCUUCAUGUAUCACUUUCCACAUCCCUUGCUCUUCAGCAAGAAUCUGCACAGGAAAAAUCUGCAGAUACUGCAGGAGAUUCUGGGAAAACGGCUAAUCAAGAGCUUGAUGGGUUGAAUUUCAUGGAGGACAGUACUGGUGCUGUCAUUAAUUUGUUGCCAUCUGUACCAGCAGAGAUCAAAUGCGUGGGUAGCAUAGUUUUUUCUUCAUUUAAUCCUCCGCCAAGUUAUAGGAGAUUGCAUGGAGAUCUCAUUUAUAUUGAUGUUAUGACCUUAGAAGGAAACAAGUACUGUAUCACAGGAAACUCCAAAUCAUUUUAUGUGAACUCUAGCAAUGGAAGUAUUCUGGAUCCAAGGCCUAGCAAACAGGCUCUGGAGGACAGCACCCUAGUCGGUCUGCUACAAAAAAUCAGUGCCAAGUUCAAGAAAGGUUUUCGUGAAAUUUUGGAUCGCAAAGCAUCAGCCCAUCCUUUUGAGAAUGUUCAGGCCUUGCUCCCAGUGACUUCUUGGUUGGGAGCUUAUCCUGUGCCAGAACAUAGAAGGGAUGCAGCUAGGGCUGAAGAUUCUGUUGUGCUGUCAUAUGGAACCGAAUUGAUUGGCAUGCAAAGAGACUGGAAUGAAGAAUUACAGUCUUGCCAGGAGUUUCCUCAUAGCAAUCCUCAAGAAAGGUUGUUACCUACCUUUGCAUUCUUGGAUUGCCUAUUUAUAUCAUCUACAAUAAAUAUUUCUGGCUAUUGUAGGAUAUUGCGUGGCAGAGCACUUUAUAAGGUGACAUGUGAUUUCGUUGAUGCUGCAGUUAAAGGGGCAGUUGGUGUCAUUAAUAGGUGUAUACCCCCAAUAAAUCCAACUGAUCCGGAAUGUUUUCAUAUGUAUGUACACAACAAUAUUUUCUUUAGUUUCGCUGUUGACUCCGACUAUGAGCAACUCCCAAAGGACCAGAAGCCAAAUGGUCAAAAUGGAUCUGGCAGAAGUGUGAUAGGCUCCUCAGAUCCGGGGUCUAAGCCAAAUAAGAACCAUGCAGAUCCUAGUGGCACAACAAAUUCAAAAACUGAAGAACCUAAUGGUGUUUUGGACAAUACUUCUGAUGCAUCGGCAGAGGCACAGAUAGCAGACAGUGAACAGGCUACCUAUGCUUCUGCCAACAAUGACUUAAAAGGAACUAAGGCAUACCAAGAAUCUGAUAUUCCUGGGCUGUAUAAUCUUGCUAUGGCAAUUAUUGAUUACAGAGGUCACAGGGUUGUAGCACAGAGCAUCAUACCUGGUAUUCUUCAAGGAGACAAGUCCGAUUCCCUUCUGUAUGGUUCCGUUGAUAAUGGCAAGAAAAUAUCUUGGAAUGAGUCAUUCCAUUCAAAGGUGGUUGAGGCUGCAAAGCGACUCCAUGUGAAGGAGCAUGUGGUUUUGGAUGGUUCUGGUAAUCCUGUAAAAUUAGCUGCUACGGUUGAAUGCAAGGGAAUUGUUGGAAGUGAUGACAGGCAUUAUAUUUUGGAUCUGAUGAGAGUGACCCCUCGAGAUUCUAACUACAUUGGACUACAGCACCGCUUCUGUGUGUUGAGGCCUGAACUUGUAGCCUCAUUCAUUGAGGCUGAAUCCACAAAUAAAUCCACUACACAGAAAGUUGCAGAUGCUCCUGGAGAAUCUAAUGGGCAAUUGGCUACAACUGCGGAAGGACCUGCCAAAUCUGAUGAAAACUCUGUUCCUAGACCUGAUAAGUUUGAUGAAGACUCUGGUCCUAGACCUGGCACAUCUGAUGACAGCUCUGCUACUAAACCAGCUGAACAUAACGAGUCAACUGCAGAAAUCCUUUUUAAUCCAAAUGUGUUUACAGAGUACAAACUUGCUGGUAGUCCAGAGGAGAUUGCAGCAGAUGAAGCAUUGGUUAAAAAGGUUGGUUCGUAUCUUCUAGACACGGUGAUACCAAAGUUUGUUCAGGAUCUCUGCUCCCUAGAUGUCUCCCCCAUGGAUGGGCAGACUUUGACUGAUGUGCUGCAUAGCAAUGGGAUAAAUGUUAGGUAUCUUGGCAAAGUAGCUGACAUGAUCAAGCAUUUGCCACAUCUACGGGGUUUGUUGUCUUCUGAGAUAAUUGUUAGGUCGGCAAAGCAUGUGGUCAAGGAAAUACUUAGGCAAAGCGCAGAUCAUGAUAUUGGACCAGCCAUUGCUCAUUUCUUAAAUUGUUUUAUUGGCAAUGUUUUGGCACCUUCCACAAAAGGUAGUGUUGACAGUACGGAUACAAAAACCCAAAAGGGUCAUGAGAAGACUCAAAAUCAAAAAUCUGCCGAGGGACAGAAAUCAAGCCUUUCUGCUUCUUCAAAGAACAUUGUGCCAACAUUUUCCCAUCUAACAUCUGAUGGGAUUUGGUCUAACAUUAAGGAGUUUGCGAAACAUAAAUAUCUGUUUGAAGUGACCGAUGAUGCUAAGACUGGUGCUAAAAGAGUUGCAGUACUCCGCAAUCUUUGCCAAAAGGUGGGAAUAACAAUUGCUUCUCGCAAAUAUGACCUCGAUGCUGCAGCUCCAUUCCAGCCUUCAGAUAUCCUGAAUCUCCAACCAGUUGUCAAGCAUUCUGUUCCUGUAUGUACAGAUGCAAGGAAUCUUAUGGAAGCAGGGAAAAUCCGGAUGGCUGAGGGAACAUUGAAUGAGGCCUAUGCACUAUUUUCUGAAGCUUUUUCACUACUUCAACAGAUUACUGGUCCCAUGCAUAAGGAUGCCGCAAACUGUUGCCGGUACCUUGCUAUGGUUUUGUACCAUGCUGGCGAUAUACCAGGAGCAAUUGUGCAGCAACAUAGAGAACUUAUCAUAAAUGAGCGAUGCCUUGGUCUAGAUCAUCCUGAUACAGCCCACAGCUACGGUAACAUGGCUUUGUUCUAUCAUGGGCUUAAUCAAACUGAACUUGCUCUGCGUCACAUGUCUCGCACGUUGCUUUUGCUAAGUUUAGCAUCAGGUCCUAAUCAUCCAGAUGUUGCAGCGACUCUUAUAAAUGUUGCAAUGAUGUACCAGGAUGCUGGGAAUAUGAGUACUGCUCUUAGGUAUCUUCAGGAAGCACUCACAAAGAACGAGAGGCUUCUAGGACCAGAUCAUAUUCAAACAGCUAUCUGCUAUCAUGCCCUUGCCAUUGCAUUCAGUUGUAUGGGUGCAUUCAAACUUUCAAUUCAGCAUGAAAAGAAGACCUAUGAUAUACUGGUGAAACAAUUGGGGAGUGAUGAUUCAAGGACUAAGGAUGCAGAAAGUUGGUUAAAUACAUUUAAGUCGCGAGAACAGCAGGUGAAUGCCCAGAAGCAAAAAGGUCAGCAGGGUACUAACCCACCUGCUAAUCCUAUUGAGUUGUUGAAGGCAAAUCCUGAUUUGGUGAGAGCACUGAAGGCAGCUGCGAAACAACCUGGUGAAGGAUCAGCAAAUGUCAACCGAUCACUUAAUGCUGCAGUAGUUGGUGAAGGUGUUCCUCGAGUAAGAGGAGUUGAUGAGCGGGCUGCUCGGGCAACUGCAGAAGUUCGGAAGAAAGCUGCUGCCAGAGGCCUUAAUGUGCGAAGCGGGCAGGCGCCUGAUUACAUGUCUAAUCUAUCUCAAAUUCUCAACUAUCUGGGCUCGGCGAAGGCGCCUACUGCUUCUGGUAGCACUCCAGCCACUGCCGCUGCUACUUCCGCUACUGCCAGCACUCAAAAUGCAUCUGAAGGUCAGCAAUCGAAUGGACCCCCACAAAACGGCACUGCAGGGAAUACCAACGGGCCAUCGUCUAAAAAGUCCGGUGGUUCCACACCAGUAGGAUUAGGGACUUCCUUGGAGUUGAAGAAGCAGAAAUCAAAGCAGAAGUCAUAGAAAGUAACAUCAGUGGUAGGUUUAUUUCCAACAAUUUUGGAAUUCUAGGGUGCUUUGAGUUUUUUACCCACAUAGAAUUGUCACGCCAGCAUGGUGGCAGAGUAAUUUUGUUUGUUUUUUUUGAAGGGGUUCUUAGGAUGAGUUCAAUAAUAACAAACGAGAAUGAAGUGAAACAAUUGUUGUGACAUUGAUAGACUACUGAUGAUGAGAUAAAAUGACUAAGCAUUCUGCCUUCACACCAGAAAGCUGAGUCAAGUUCGUUCGUUCAUAAAA